AUGAAGGGCUAUUUGGUGGGCUGCAGCGUUCCAAAGAGCAAGCAGAAACGCCAACUCCUUUGCCUCGGAUGCGUGGGCAAGCUGAUGAGCCAGCUAAGGCUCAGCGCCAAUGCAGAGAGUGUGAGCCUGUGCGACCGCGGGCACGGCCAGCAACAUGCGAUGUUGUUCGAGCGGCAGGCCUCGGGGAGCUGGAGGCAAAAACUGGAGCUGACGAACGAGCUGCUGGAGGCUGUUGUGAUCUCAAACGAAAGCACCGUGAGCAGGAAGAAGCCGAAAAAGGCGGCAGCAGAGAGCGCACUUAACAGAGGGAUGCAAGCGGGAACGCGGGCGCGCGAGAUGCUGCCUGAGGCCCACCUCGGCAUCCCGGCCCAAGCUGGCCUCUUCUUGAGCGGCGUCCUGGAGGGCACGUGCCGCAUAGUCGUACCAGCUGGAGUGGACGAGUGUGAGGCCAGCCCUCCACGGCUCUACAUGACGCAUUGGGAUCACAACCGAGGGAGGCCGAAAGCUCUCGGCAAGCCGAGCAAGGAAAAGGCGCUGCUCGAGGAAUGCUGGUGGGAUAGCCAGGGACACUCGAAUUGCUCAUGUGAUCGUGGCAGGCUCGCCAGGGAUGCUGCUUGCGUUCAUAAGCUGGUGCUCGCGGCCCUCGGCGCUCCGGGGUCGGAGCAGAGGGGCCUCCCCACGGCCAGAGAGUUGGGGCGCGAAGCGGGCGUGGUCGAGCAGGUGGGGGCGGACUCCACGGGGCGCUUCUUUGCAGCAAGGAGCAGCCCAAAAGGAGUCAGCCCGGCGCACAAGAUGCUGCACCGGAACGUCGAGGGCGCCUGGUAUUGUCAGGGGAAGAGGGACGGCUGUCCGUCGCAGCACGACUGUAGCCACAUUCUCGCUGCCAAGCUGGCCAUCCAGGCGGGGCAGGUCCAUUCAGCACAGGGGCCGCUCUUUUGGCAGGAUGCCCUAAGUACAGCGAGGCAGUGGUUGGAGCGAUGGGACGGAGCGUUGCCUCUGCUCGGUAGGAGGGCGGGGGAGAGCGAGGCGCGCUCGAGUUGCGAAGGGGCCAGCGAGGAGGAGGCGCACCUGAUGGGCCUCAUCUCAGGGCAGCGCCACGAGCCGGCCGGGAGCAAACAGUGCUGGAGGAGUCAUGCGGGCGGGGCUCCUUCGGCGGUGGCACCCCAGAGUGUUCGGGAGCCGCCCACGGAGGCGCUGAGCAAGGAGGCGAUCCGAUGCAGGGUCGCCUCCUGCGGCAGCUGCACGCUGGAGGGUGCCCAGCGGGGAUGUCAUCACGCAGGGUCGGGUAGGGCCCCGGCGGUCAUGCUUCAGGAGACGCAGGCCGUCCAGGUGACGCAGCCGAAGCUGAGCCAGCUGAGCGACGCGCCUGACUUCCACGACCCUUGGGUGACGCGGCUCAGAUGCGGACCGAUUCGAGUGAGCAAGCUGGUGGGGCGGGACUUCCAAGAGCUGGGCGAGCUCGGGAUGCUGAGCGCGUCGUGUCCUCUCGAACCGCCUCCGUGCGGCGGGGGGUGGGUGGAGCUCUGGCAGGACGCGGUAGUGCAUGCAUCGACCUGGAGUCAGGCCGUGCGCACCAGAAUCUACUCCUGCAAGUGCCCGAGGAAGCACACCAUUCACUUCGACGGGGAGCACUUGGGGCUGUACGUCUGGAGCCGUCAGACGAUUAUCGUACAGGAGAGCCUACAGCUGUUGCUGAAGCAGAUGCAGCGGGGGCAGUCGGGAUUUGGGGCACUGCUGGAGGGACAGCAGGAGGCCUUCCGGAGGGCUCCAGAGUCCGCCGUGCUAUCCGAGGAGACGUGGCGGAAGGCCAGCCUCGAUUUCUUCCGGCUGGUGGGGCGGCAGAUCCUGGAGUGCUGCAGCAUAUGCGGUCCGCACACGGAGGUCCUUCUAUGCGACGGGAUCGUGGGAAUUUCGAACUCCGACGGAGGGAAGCGCCCCGGAGGGCUGGGGUCGACCUCGCACGACUUCCGCAGGCCGUUCACGCAUCCGGGGCGGUCUGCAGACGGCGCUCCGUUUGAGAAGCAAUCGGUUGCGGGGCGCGACUAUUGCGCUGCAGGGCUGGAGGGUGGUGGGAUGAAGCGGCGCCUCGUUCUGCAACCGGAGCUGAGGGAGCUGAUUGCGCGCGUCUCUCGGCAUCGACCCGAGAGCGAGAAGCUCGGCCAGCCACUGAGCGAGGCCGAGUACCUGGGUCUGAAGGGGGCCCUUGCCAGGGAGGACGUGCUGCUCGUGACCCGCUUCGUUCCGGGCGAUGGAGAGGGCCCGGUGCCUGCAGACACCAGACGCCGCCUCUUGGUCGAGCAGCGCCAGAUGGUACGGGACAAGAAUCGGGCGAUGCUGCGGUUGCUAGAGGGGAUCGAGCUGGAGCAAGCGGCGAGGGGUGGGAGCCCGCGGCUGUGGCAGCAUUGGCCGUGCGAGUGGGGCGAGUUGCUGUACGACCUGGGGGCACACGACUCGGACGACGGCAUCAUCGGCCACUCCGACGGGCUGGCUGUGGUCCGCGAGCUGCUCUUUGGGGAGGACGCGAGCAUCGAGGAUCGCCGCCAGCUGGGGGAGCACUCUCCCAUCUUGCGGCGUGUGCUGGACGCCCAGGGCGGGCACCGCUUUCCAGCUUUCUUUCUGCCCGCCUUGCAUCAUCUCUACGAGCUCACGUUGCUGGCGCGCGGCAACACCGGGUACGGCGAUGGAAUGCUGGAGGGCUGGGUCGUCGCCGCUCUUCGGCUGCUGGGGCGCGCGGUCGCGCUGCAGCAUCUCAGCCGGGAGCGGGGGCCGCUCACCGAGGCGGAGGCCGCGUCGUUGGCGGAAGCUCGAACGAGCGCGCGAGACUUGCUCCCGGGCGUGGAAGGGUCGCAGCCCAAUGCGGGGCAAUGGGAGGCCAUGAGCGAGCUGGAGAGAGGGAAGCGGGGCUUGCUGCGAUACACCUCCUUCGAGCACGAGGAUGGGCGCAGCAGGACGUCGGAGGAGUUCAAGUGCGCGACCGGCCAGACGGUGGGCGAGUGGGACGCCGCGAACGUCUCCGGGCUGGUCAAGGGGGGGGGCAAGUCGACGAAGAAGGGUAGGCGCCCGCAUCGCAGCCGGGGCGCCUUCGUCUUCUGCUGCCCCCACCGGGUCAUCUUGGGCUUCCACUUCUUCCUCCGAGGGGAGAGCCCCCGCGAUGCGUUUGCGGUGUUGUACACGCGCAAGGACCGGGAGGAGCUCCCUAAGUACGUCGUCUACGAUAACGCGUGCCAGCUGAGGAAUUACUGCAUGCGUCGCGAGCCCGCGUUCUUCUCCGACGUCACAUUCGUUGUGGACAGGUUUCAUUAUGCGAAGGCCGGGGCAGAGGUGCACAAAUGUGGGCCCAGCAACGCAACGGAGUACUACGACGCUCUUCGGUGGGUCAACACCUCGGCUGUGGAGUCCGUGAACAGCUUCUUGAAGAAGUUUCGGGUGCUUGGGUGGUACUCCGGGCUCCAUAGUCUCAUGGUGUUUUUGCCCAUCCUGCUCAGCGGCUUCAACAUCGACCUGAGCAGGGUAGACGACGCCAAGUUGUCCAUAGCCGUGCCGGCGAGGCUGUGGAGUGAGGCCUUUAGGGCAGUGCUCUUAGGGAGGUAG